CCACCGUCCCUCCAUCACCAAAUCGACUUAACUCCGUCUACUCCUCGCCCGCACACCAUACCCGAUCUUUAGUGUGGUCACCAGGAUCCCGUCAGCCUCGCUGAGCUUCCCCUUCGGUCCCCCACCCCGCCGACUUUCUGGCCGAGACGCCCGACGCACCCGACGACGCGUUCCCGCCCCUUCGCCUCAGCCCCACCGCCGGACAUCGUUUACAAACGCGUGUAUUGGGAACUACAACGCUUGGCGGAACAUGACGUCGACAUCGUUUCGCGACUCGAUAAACUCGCUGGGCUGGUCGCGCCGUGAUGCAGACCUCCCGGUGAACACAGCGCCACAAGGCGGCUUCAUGUCAUCGCUCCAGUCUCUCAACCCAUUUGGCGACCGUGGCUAUGUCCAACUCCCGACGAGCGAGGGGCCAGGCGCCCCUUUACCGGCGCCUAGUCGCCGCGAAGAAGAGGAAGGGUGGUUUGCCUUAAGUCAGUGGGAUCGUCUGCUGAUCUUUGGUGCCUGCAACCUCGGCGCUCUCGCUUGCUUCGUCAUCUGCUUCUUCCUUUUCCCCGUCAUAUCUGUGGCCAAGCCGCGCAAGCUAGUCGUCCUAUGGACGCUAGGCUCGGUGUUAUUCCUGUCGUCCUUCGCUGCCAUCAUGGGCCCACUGGCCUACUUGAAGCACCUCGCCUCAACUCCGCGGCUGCCUUUUACAGCCGCCUACUUCGGAUCUCUCGGAUUGACGCUGUACUUCUCCAUCGGUCUUCAAAGCACUAUUCUCACGAUGUUUGCGGGGCUUAUCCAACUGGCUUCCCUGUUAUGGUAUCUUGUGAGCUACUUCCCGAUGGGCUCCAGCGGACUUCGCCUUGUCAGCAGCUUCGGUGCCCGCCGGGCAGCAGCCUGGAUGACGAGCUGAGAGACGAAAGAAGCCGCGGAGUGAGGCGGCCCCAGCAGGCGAUAUAUCGCCGUUCUCCCGUUGUACUCUAUGUACAUUAUGCAAGGUGGUUUGCUUCGAUAAACCAGACUGUGGCACUUCGAACCUCGGAGAGGCGUCCAUUGUGGAUAAUCCCGUCGUGGCAUUUGCGGCCCGGUCCUUUUUUGCAUUGCUUUGAACCCUGUCAUCACGGUAAAAGAUAACUUCGGCCCGGACUCCUAAGAUCAGCAGAGCCCCAGCCCUGCCAAACCCAUUUGGCCCAGCUUUUAGCCGGCAACACCCAUUGCUGGGUGGCUGGCGAGACUGUCUCGCCCCGAGGAAGUAGAAAGGCCACGGUGAGUGG